AUGGGCGACCAAGGGCGACGGACACCUCCCCAGACCUCCGACGCUGCGCCACACUCCUCUGGCUCCCCGCACCUCUCCUCGUCCUCACCGCGUCUCACAGUGUCCCUGCCUCAUAAUGCGAACUAUGAAGGGGAGGCGUGUGCCAGCCCAUUUGCACCUGUAUCGCCCAGGGUGCAUCCUCUCCUUGCCGACACCAUCGGCCUUCUAGCUCCGCUGCGAGAAGGCCAAACGGCACCUGCAUCAUCCCUGACUUCACAGCUCUCAGCUCCCGUUGUGGGCUCGGCAUGGGCAACUGGCUGCCGCUCCGCGCCUUUCAGCUGCGUUGUUGUAGAUCUUGAGACGACCGGCUUCUCGGCCACCGCAGAUGAGAUUCUCGAAGUGGCCUGCGCCGAGUUACGAUGGACGCCGUCUUCACACACGUCCUCGACAGGCCCGAAGCACACUGCUCCUUGCGCACCGUCGUUGGGGGAGCAAAGCGUGUGCGGUGUCAUAGAAGGGCUGUGGACACGCGGGGGGCGAGUGUUUCACCGUUACGUGCGGCCCUCCGACCCCCGCCGCAUCUCCGCAGCCGCUACAGCCGUUCACGGAAUCACGUGGGAGACGGUGCAGCACUGCUCCCCGUGGCCGGUGGUGGCAAGUGAGUUGGUGGCCUACAUGGUCCUUGUCGGAGCCGACGGUCCCUUUUCCGCGUCCGCGCAGUUGGAGGCUGCGCAGGCCGGCGGGCACCGCGCUGUUCAACUCCCGCCGCUGGUGGCGCACAACGCGUCAUUCGACGCACGUUUCCUUGAGCAUCACCUGCGGCGGUGCGGCUACCAAAUAUUCUGGCAGCCUCAAUACCCUCUGACGUGCACUCGGCAGUGGGCGCAGGUGGCCUAUCCGCACCUGGCAAACAAUCUCGAUGCUCUGUGCGCCUUUCUAGGCAUCGAUGGGGCGGCAGAUCGAGCCGCCAACGGCCACGACGCCCUCACAGACGCAACCUUGACGGCACUGCUGUUUCUUCAAAUGUGUCGUCGCUGGACGGAGCGGUUCGGUCGUAGUGAAUGA